AUGGCGGAGGCAACAGCACCAAAGCCAAGUAGCAGUGUGAAGCUUGUAUUGUUGGGAGAAGCAGCCGUAGGAAAGUCAUCCCUAGUACUGCGAUUCGUAAACAACGACUUCCAAGAAAAUAAAGAGCCAACCAUCGGAGCUGCGUUCCUUACACAGAAAUGUAAUCUCCCAACUCGAACGAUCAAAUUCGAAAUCUGGGAUACUGCGGGACAAGAGCGUUUUGCAUCACUCGCACCCAUGUACUAUCGCAACGCUCAAUCCGCCCUCGUCGUUUAUGAUUUAACAAAGCCUACAUCCCUCGUCAAGGCCAAACAUUGGGUAGCAGAGCUACAGCGGCAAGCAUCGCCGGGCAUUGUUAUUGCCCUCGUAGGAAACAAGCUCGAUUUGACCAACGAAUCUGCAUCAUCCAGCAAUAACUUGGGUGACGACUCGGAAGGAGAUGCAACUGAAGGAGAGGCAGACGACGGGGAUGCGCGAAAAGUAUCAACGGCAGAAGCAAAAUCUUAUGCGGAGGAGGAGGGGCUACUCUUCUUCGAGACCAGCGCAAAGAAUGGUACGAAUGUGAGCGAAGUAUUCACAGCUAUUGCAAACGCCAUUCCAGAGACAUCUUUGAAAGGUGCUAGAGGUCCAGGUGCUACACAAGCAGCGAGUCGAACGGAAGAUCAGUCCAGAGUCAACUUGACUGGACCAAGGGACAGUGCAGCGAAGGAUACCUGCGCUUGCUAA